CUCAGCCUCACUCACUCACCGCAGGAGGGACUCUGCAUACUGCACCCGGCGACCGGGAGGAUUUAACAAACUUUCCCCUAUUUGUACUCCGGCUUCCUUUGAAGGUCUCCCUGUUUUAUUCCAAGAUGAAGGAAAGAAGACUCACGCAGCCGUUUGUAGGGAGGUGUAAGCUGGUGCUGGUUGGGGACGUCCAAUGCGGUAAAACAGCGAUGUUACAAGUCUUGGUGAAGGACUGCUAUCCAGAGACUUAUGUCCCUACUGUGUUUGAGAACUACACAGCCUGUCUGGAGCUUGAAGACCAGCGUGUGGAGCUCAGCCUUUGGGACACAUCAGGUUCUCCGUACUAUGACAAUGUCAGGCCUCUCUGCUACAGCGACUCAGAUGCAGUGCUCUUAUGCUUUGACAUCAGCCGACCAGACACGGUAGACAGCGCGCUCAAGAAGUGGAAAGCAGAGAUCCAGGACUUCUGCCCCAGCACUCGGAUCCUACUAAUAGGCUGCAAGACAGACCUGCGCACAGACGUAUGUACCCGCAUGGAGCUGUCCAAUCAGAAACAGGCUCCAAUCUCCCAUGAACAGGGUUCAUCCUUGGCCAAGCAGCUUGGAGCUGAGGCUUACUUGGAGUGCUCAGCCUUCACAUCAGAGAAGAGUAUUCACAGUGUUUUUCGUACUGCGGCUCUGGCCUGCAUGAACAAACUUCAGCCGGCCAAUAAGCCCAGCCCUGUCCGCCGCCUCUCCAAGAGGCUCCUACACCUGCCCAGCAAGACGGAGCUCCUUUCCUCCACCUUCAGCAAGGACAAAUCCAAGAGCUGCUCCAUCAUGUGAAUACUACUAAGAAAAGUGUGGCAAAGGACAAACAAAAGAGAUUGUAGCUGGCUCAGCAGGGGUGCGGAUGUGCAAGGGAAAGAGAGCAAUUAUGUGGAUUUCUGCAAAGCCCCUCUCUCUCGCUCUCUCUCUCUCUCUCUCCUUUGCAGCAUCCUCUGCAAACUCCCGUCAACCACUUCCAAAAAGAUUUCUUUCUACAUUCAACUCCAGUGCUGAAGUUUUGAUUAUGACUUGUCACCAGCAUAACAGUAUCUGCAGAGAGAGAGAGAAUUUGUUUGAGGUUCAAUUAAAUCAUGUGCCAGUAGAGCAUAACAUGUGCUUUAAGGUGCUGUGAAUCAUCUUAAAUAAGGUCACCACCUUUUCUUUACCAAAGGAAAGGGUUGUAAACACCACAUCUGACUGCAUUAGACUGAUAAGACCCAUUUGAAAUUCUGAAAGCAGUGCCCUUUCCCAAUCCAUCUUUGUCUGAAUGUCUGUUUAAGGUCAUUGUAUGGGCUGAGUGACGAGAUGAAAUGUAAAAUCUGACAUUGACAGGAAUUGGUAUCUACAGAAAUACGGUGCGGGGGAUUGAAAAUGGCAGUCCUUGAAGAAAUUCCUCUCCCAGCUGACCCCUCUCGGUAUUUCGCUUAGAAAUUAAAGCUGACAGUGGAGGAAAGGUGGAGGGAAAGGAGGGGUUUGGCAAGCAGAGUGCUCAUUUGCAAAGGCAGUGAGAGGACAAACUGAGAGCUCAUUUGAACAAGCGCAAUGUGACUCAGCACUCACAUGAUCUACAAAACAGUCACAGUUGAACAUGCUGUGUUUAAAAACAAAGAAAAACGUGCAUGUCUUUGUGAAUUCUGUCCCUUACCCAUCAUCACCCACCACAGCAGUCUUUUGUUGAGUAUUACUAACCAUAGGCCUUUAUUAUAGCAGUGUUAAACUGAUGAAUCAUCUCCUUUUCCUACUUGAUGGAUAUCAGUUUUUAUAUAUGUUCCAGCAUCAAAAUGAAGUGAUUCUUUCUGCGUCUUUAUCGAAAACACUAAGAUGUCUUUUUACACAACACAAACUGGAUAUGUGUGUUUUAAUGUACCAAAAGAAAUCUUUCCUUUUAAAUCCUCCUGCUAGAUUUUUAAAGACAAGGAGUCCUAGAGGUUCUGGAGCCGUAAACGUGUGCUCAUCAUAGUUCAUGAGCUUUAGGGCUGAUUGUAAAGGGUAUCCCACUGAUUAGCAAUUUUCCCAACAGAAAAUUGCCAGAUUGACAAUGGACUGUUAAAAAAGGAAGAUUGAAAUUGGGUCAUGCUUUUCUGCUCCUUUUCAAAACUUGACACAGACCUACUAUUUCAAUAAUGAAACCUCCAUUAGACUUUCUAGGCUGGAAAGGUGUUUUUUUUUUGUUUGUUUUUUUUUUUUUUUGUGCCAUAUGAGCAAAUUUCAACAAAUGAAUCAGGCCCUAUCAACUUAUUUUUCCUUCCAUACAGCCAUGCUAGUAGUGUCUAAUUGAGCCUUGCUGCCAUUGAUGUUUCAAGGACACUUGUCUGGUGCAUCAGCCACACAAUAUUUUCCAGCUUCACGAGCUUUCCGGUACAUUAUCCAGCUUUCUUGUUGCAUCCAUGUCUGCUGGCUCCAGUUAAAGACUAGGAGCAGAUACAGAUUUGGCAAGCUGAAACUUUUUAACUCCACAUCCAAUAAUUAUUUUCACUUUUUCUUUCUUGCAGUUGAUGCUAACUCAAGUGAACUCACUUGCGACAGUAUAUUUGAUUUUGUGCAGCUCCUGUUGGAGCCACAAAAGAUUGUAUCCAACUUUUUUAAAGCAACAUUAUGUCCCAAAAGCUGUUAACAGCCUCUGAUUUGUAAUAUAGGAGGAGUUCCUCUAAAAGGACAAAUCUGAAUAAAUUUCCGUGAGAGAGAACAGGCUGCUCCUGUCUUUUCCUUCCUCCCUUCUCUUUUUUAUGCAUGAGAUAUAUUUGGAUUUUUUUUUUUUUUUUUUUGCAGCUACCAUGAAAAGUGUUCUUUACAUCAUCCUCCUGUGAAAUCCAACCUAUUUUCCCGCUGGAUGCUUCUACUUGCUUGUGGCUGUCACUGGUGUUUUCGUAGCUGAUGAUGUUGUUCUUGUAUUCACUGGAGUCUUCUGGCAUUAGCUGCUGUUGACAGCUCGGCUAAUGGAGGACUUGAUGAUUUGUAGGUCUGCGCCUAGAAGCCCAGCGAUGUGCAGAUCACUGGAAUUUAACGUGUUGCCUAGCAACAGUGUGAGCAGGGGCAGUUCCUGUUUCUCAGAGAGGAGGAAGGAUGGCUCUCUCAGAGAGGGCGCCUCACCUUUUAUUUGUAGCAUUAGACAGAAGGAACAGCAAAGGUGAUGGCUGCACAUAACGGAGUAGCGGACGGUUCGAGAUGUCCCACGCCGUUACAUGUUGUCUAAAACUUGUCUUUGUAGCACUGCUGCAGUCAUUUUUCUUCACUUCUCAGUCCUGUCUGGAACAUCCUGUUACCCUUAACAAGUUGUGUUUUGUCCAGUGUACAGCCACCAUUUCAGUCUCUUUUUUGUUUGUACAUAUCCUUUUUGAAAUUCCCCAAAGAAUAUCAGUGAAGCAAAACAAAAUAUUCAUGUGAAGUUGCCAAUUAUGGCUUAAAUUAUUGACUGAAUUCUGUACUUGUUGAUGCCAUAAACUAACUUUGAAGUCUUUUACUUAAAUAAAUAUGUCUGAAGUAAUUUUAAGUCAGUGUU